CGUUACAAUAUGGGCUCAUUUCAUUCACGAUUGUGGAAAAUUGCUCUUCCCGUUUCGUUGCCUUUACUUGCAUUUGCGUAUCUUCGUUGGAGGCAAAUGCAAGUGAAAAAGAUCGAACUAUUUAGGCAAGUAGGUUAUGUGUCCGGGCUAUUUAUCUAUCCCGUCAAAUCAUGCGCAGGAAUUGAGCUGGAAAAUGCUAUGUGUUUUACAGAAGGCAUACAAUUUGACAGGAAUUGGGUGGUAGUUGACCGAAAUGACAAGUACCUUACUUCGGUGGACAAACCAGUGUUGGCCCAAGUGGUUCCACACUUUGAAGAUGGCAAACUUUGUCUCAAUGCCCCUAGUAUGGACACUCUGAGAAUUCCUAUUCAGCUGGACACCAAGGAGUUUAAAGACCUCAAGGUACUGAGAAUCUCAUCCAAGAGUUGCUAUGUUGGAGAUGAAGCUUCUUUAUGGUUUUCAACUUUGCUGAACAAACCAGGCUGCAAAAUGUAUCAAAUUCAUGAACCCCGAGAUUCCACAAAAGAUACAAAAUGGGGCAAUCUAGCAUCACCUGGAGACAAGGUGGGUUAUGCAAGUUUUGCAGCAUAUCAUAUGACUACAGAGUCAUCACUAGUGGAACUGAAUGGGAUUUUGAAAUCCCCCAUUGGGAUGGAUAGAUUCCGUGCUAAUGUUAUCAUUGGGGGCACUGAGCCUUUUGCCGAGGAUCAUUGGCACCAAAAAUAUCUCAAGAUAGCAGAUAUUAGGUUUAGAACUCUCAAGGACUGUGGAAGAUGUACCCAGAUCACCAUAGAUCCUGAAACUGGGAUAAAGAAUGGACUUGAACCACUCUCAACUUUGAGAAGGACAAGAUUGCCUCAAGACAGAGACCCAAGACAUGGUAAUGCUCCUUUCUUUGGGAUUCAGAUGGCUCCAGAUUGUGAAGGAAAUAUCAAGCUUGGAGACCCUGUGUUUAUCUCCUGUUGAUCAAUCUUUAGAGGGGCAAGAGA